AUGAAUCAAUUGCAUUGCCAACAAAACGCUGAAUAUUAUCCGGAACGUGGGAAAAUGGCGGCUCCGUUUCUGGAAACUGGAAUGAUAAUCGGAUUGAAACGAUCGUUUCAAGUGGAGAAAAUGGUCGGAGGUGGAGGAUUUGGGCAAAUUUAUCGAGCUGUUGAUUUAGAAUCUAAGUUGGUUGUUGCUGUAAAAGUGGAACCAAAAUCCACGGAUCCGGGAAGAAUAGUUUUGGAAUUGAAUAUUCUUGUACAACUUGCUCAUUCCUCUCAUAUUCCCAAAGUUUACUACAGUGGAGAAACAGGAGCUUUCAAUUUCAUAAUUAUGCAAUUACUGGGAUCGAAUAUUGCAGAGCUUAGAAAGUUCCAGAAAACCAGAUCUUUUUCGGUGGAAACGACAGCGAGGGUUGGAAUUCAGUGUUUGGAAGGAUUGAAACAGAUUCACACACUUGGAUAUAUUCAUAGAGACAUAAAACCAUCGAACAUUUGUGCCGGAAUAGGGGAACACAAACGAAUUCUGUACAUUGUGGAUUUCGGAAUGGCUCGUAGAAUUCGACUUCCAGAUGGAUCAUUCCGUCCUGAACGUCCGUAUGCAUCAUUCCGUGGAACAUCAAGAUACGUGUCAUUGGCUGCUCAUGAAAGAAAAGAAACUGGAUUCGUUGAUGAUAUCUGGUGUCUAUUCUUUUCUCUUCUCGAAUUAGUCGAAGGUCUUCCAUGGAAAAAUAUUGCCGAUCAGGAUCAAGUUUGCUUUGCGAAACGGCAAUUGUUGGCAAAUUUUCAGUCUAGAAAAAUGGGUCGAAAUUUCGAAAUGUUUCCUCAAAUUCUGGAACACACAAAACGCACAGAUAUUCCGGAUUACGAGCGUUUGAGUGGAAUUCUGAAGUCCUGUUGUGUCAGUUUCAAUGAUUUGGAGGAGUUUGAAUGGGAUGAUCAUGAUGAACAAUACCGAUAG